CUCGGAGUGUAUGCCAUAUCAAGGUGCUUCUCGUAUAACAAUACAAAGUGGAAUAAUAUUCACCUCACACGAUGCUUUAUCUCCUUUUUUAUCUUUUUGGUGCCCUGCUUUCACUAUCGUUAGUCCUUGUAAGUAGUUUUGCCACUUAUCUGGUCUAUAAAAGAAACAAGUUCUUGCACAUUCCGAGCCCGCCUAUGUCGAGUUUUUUUAAGGGCCAUGCAGACCAGAUAAGUGCUAUGCGUCAUACAGGUUAUCCCACAGAUCAAAAGUUUCUGGAAUGGCAUAUAGAGUAUGGCAGGACCCUUGUUGUCUGGUUCUGGCACAUUCCUGUGCUUCUGGUGGUUGAUCCAGAAUUAAUUAAGGAUGUGCUUGUAGUUAAGUGCCAGCCAAAAGAUGCCAUGUCCUAUGAAAUACUUGGAAGUCUUUUUGGACAAAGAUUUCUUGGCUGUGGAUUGGUCACCAACCUUGAUCAUGGGUCUUGGAAGAAAAGACGUGCCAUAAUGCAUCCGGCCUUUCAUCGCAAGAGUCUAAAAGAUUUGAUGGGUUCUUUUAACUCCUCUGCUGAUCUGUUGCUUGAACACCUGUGCACAAUGGCUGAUGGACAAACAGAAAUUCAAAUGUUUAACCAGUUUACUAAGGCAGCAUUAGAUGUCAUUUGUAAGGUGGCAUUUGGCAUGGACCUAGAAAUUAUAAGCGGAAAAGACAACAAGUUUUCUGAAGCUGUCUCUUUGAGUUUUCAUGGAGUAGAAGAAGCAUCUUUUGACAUAUUCCAUAGGUUCAACGUUUUCCAGUAUCCCUUCCAACGAAAAGUUGUUAAAGCUGUGCAGUUUUUGCGUGAAACUGGAAGGAAAGUGAUUGAAGUGAGAAAGCAUGCCAUGGCAAGAGGAGAAGAGGUUCCUGAUGAUAUAUUACAACGGAUUAUUCAGCAGCAAGAAGAAAUUCCUGAGCUAGGAAUUGAAGACUUGGUUGAUGAUUUUGUGACUUUCUUCAUCGCUGGUCAUGAGACUACUUCUAGUUUGUUGGCGUUUUGUGUUCUUGACCUCGGAGACCAUCCUGAUAUUCUGGACAGCCUGGUUGGAGAAGUGUUUGACGUUCUGGGCGAAAAACAGCAUGUCUCGUUCGAUGACCUGGCUAAACUCCACCAAUUGGGAUUGGUGAUAAAAGAGACAUUGCGCCGUCACCCACCAGCGACUGGUAACAUACGAAAGAUUGAAAAGGAUCAAGAUGUCGGAAGAUAUAAAAUACCUGCAGAUGUCGCCGUCAUUACGAGCACCUAUGUCGUCAGUCACUUUCCUGAAUACUGGAAAAACCCAGAGGAAUUCAACCCUUACAGAUUUGACGAUGAUGAAGUACUUCGAAGGUGUCAUUACAGCUACUUCCCAUUCUCACUUGGACCUCGCAAUUGCAUCGGACUAAACUUCGCCCAGAUCGAGGCCAAGGUUCUGCUGUCACGCUUUCUCCAGACCUUCAAGUUCUCUUUGGUACCUGGUCAGUCACGCGAUGUUCUUGAAAGAGGGACCCUUCGACCCAAGGAUGGCGUGAGGUGUACCUUAACUAGACGGCAUUAGAAACAAGUUUGUUCCGUCAAAUUGAGUGUCCUUUUUAGCUGUUUUUACACAAAGAAACUAUUUAUGGCUUACAGCCUGCUUUACACUGUAUAUUAUUAUUAGUCACCCCAAAAAAGCCACAAGGAUCAUUAUUUAAAGCGCGCUGUCUUUCGAGAGUACUUUAUAUUGUGCGUGUAGUAGAGAUAUGAAAGAGGAAAAAGAGCUUUUCCAAUAUAAAACCGUAGGAAAUGGUGUGACAUUUAUAUCCUACUUUCUGACGAUGAUUGAUCCAGCAAGGGCCCAGGAAGGACUCUUAAGGGAAGGGGAGAAGGGUCAGGAAAAAGGUCUCUCAAUGUGGUCUUUUUAACACACCCUUAUGAGGCAUGUCAAGAUGUAUCAACAGAUUAAUUAUCCUUUAUU